CUGUUUUGUUACUCUGUGUUUUGACUCCACCCACAAACCUCCAAUGCUGUUUGUCCGUUUUACUUUCGUAAAAACUUUUGUGAAUUUAUUUUUGUGUGUAUGAUUCUGUAUUAAUAAAAGAGCGGCGAAGUGCUGCUUGAGAAGAUCAAGCUUCCGACUUUUUACCAGAGCUAUAGUGAAGUUUUUAGUAAGUUUUAAAAGUGAACCGAUCUUUGGCACUCUGUUUUUCGUAAAGAUAUAUUAGAAUCAAGCUUUUUUCGUGUUCUUUAUUUUCUAUUUUCUAUAAGUUCACAACUCGACUCAGUAAUCAUGAGGAAAAGAAGCAUGGCAGGUAAUUGUGGGAUCAUUGUUUUUGUGAUUGCCCUUGUGACUGUGGCAUUGGCAUUCGGCACGCCUAGCUGGCUUGUUAGCGAUUAUAGGAUACGAGGAGCUAAGUUGGACAGAUUGGGAUUAUGGAGUCAUUGCUUCAGAUCAUUGCCAGACCCUUUGGAUCAAUAUCAAAGGCGAUUUUUUGUUGGCUGUCGUUGGGUUUAUGAUCCCUUUACCACUGGAUAUGAUAAAAUUCGUGGAUAUCUCCUUCCAGGUUUUAUGAUAGCAACUCAGCUGUUUUACACUCUAUGCUUGAUAGGUGUAUUGAUUUCAACUAUUUUGGUGAUUAUAUUUUUCCUGUGUUGUGGACCAGACCAAAACAGAUAUGUAACGAUUAUACGGAUCAUUGGAUUUCUAAUGUUAGCUGCAGGAUUAAGUGGAGGAAUAGCAGUAAUCGUUUUUGCUUCAUUGGGAAAUACAGAUGGAUGGAUGCCUGAUCAUGCUAACAAUUACUUAGGGUGGUCGUUCGGCCUUGGCGUGGUAGGAGCAGUUGCCUGUCUCGUAACCGCUGCGUUAUUCCUCACCGAGGCGAACAUACAGAUGAAAAAGCGCAAGAGAUUUAAAGAGUCCCAGGCACGGUUUGAGCUGGAACACGAAUCUAAAGCGUAACUACCGACUAGCAAUAUUAAAAUGAGACUAUGCACGAAUUUUUACAACUGUUUUACGCUCAGACCAAUUAUAGAUGGACCAGUACUGCACUCAAAUUCAUGAACGAAAUUGUCUGUCAGUUUCUAAGGAAAACGAGUUUAGAUUUGGUAUAUAUCUUAAUUCUUAUACUAAACUAAAAGUUUUUGCCCGUUUUAAAACCAUUAAACUACAAUAAAAAGGGCAUUUUCACGGAGCUCUUUAACCGACAAACACGAUAACAAUUAUGAAUCAUCGAUACUUUACAGACAAUUUUAAUAAUCGCAUUAGAUCGUUGAUCUUUUGUUUUGACAAAAAAGGCACGUCUAGCGAGGCAGGUCCUAUACAAUAAUUGGUUUGAGGUUUAUGAGACUUAAUGACUUGGGGAUGGUUAAAGUGUGACAAAUUGUAUAAUAUGCCAGUAAUAUUACUAUGCAUUAUUUUUAUUGCGUAAAUAGCAUCGAGACUAUCAAUGGCAAUUUUGAUAUUUAAAAAAAAAAACUGUGGUAGUUUUUAAUUACAUUUUAAUGUUAAAUACAUUAGAAUGAAUUUUUGAAAUAUUCGCUAUGAAGUCUUCAUAGUGAAGUUCUAUCAAUUUUUAUUAUUUUUGGUAUAAAUGUUUUAAAACUCAACAAUGUGCGAUUUAAUAAUUUAUUAUUUUAUAAAUAAUUCGGUUGAUUCUGUGUUUUCUAAAUGCCAUUAAUGAUAAAAACAUUUUUAACAUUUUGCAUUGCUAUUUCGUUAGAAGUUGUAUCUAUAUAUAUUUGAAUGACUGUGUGUUUUAAUGUUUAUGCCUUAAAAUGUGCCUUACAUAUAUUAUUUUUAAUAUAUUAAAUUCCACCGAAAAUUUAUUAAUAAUUGACGAAAUAAGCUUUUUAGAAAUAAUAAGCUAGGGAACAAAAUUAUUACCGACUUUGGUAGUUAAUUAAUAUAAUUAACUAAACAUCUUGCUUAACUUUACCACCAUAUUGAAGCUAUUAUAAUAUUCUAUUGAACUUAUUGUAAAUUACUUUAUUGUUGAAAAUGCUAUAUUACUAGUAUUAAAAUAUUGCCAAAUAAACAAUUUUUAUUGUAAUUUGACUUAAAUAUUUUCAUUGUUACUGAUUUUCUACACUUACAAUUUUUAAUAGAAUCUCAAGCUAUAUUUUAAGGUAAUCAAGUAAAUUGUCGAUUAUUUUUAUUUUUAGUAAAGUUCUGUAAAUUACGCUUAUUAAGAAAAAAUCCGUCCAACAUAUUUGUUAGUUUAAACUUUAUCUACUUAUACUUUGAAUCUUUAUAAUACUUUAUUUUAUAUCAUUGUGUAUUUUUAAAUGAGCACAUUUUAUUUGUAAGAGUUUUAACUUAUUAUUUAAGUUUAAAUUAAUUUUCAUUUAUAGUAACACUUACCAACCCAAUUUAAAAAAAAAUAUUUUUUUUAAUGAAAAGUAAUGGAUUGUGUUCUAAUUCUAAAUCGAAUGCAGAAAUUAAUAUAGGUAGUUAUAAGUUAAUAUUUAAUUGAUUUAUUACCAAACUAAUUAUUACAAAUACAUCGCGUUAGUAUUAAGCAAAAUCCGUCCAAUAUCAGUAAUUUGAAUACCAUUUGUUGGUAUGUCAGCACAUAUUUAAAUACUGUAAAGAAGUACCUACUUCGUAAAUAAAAAAAAUUUAAAAAUUA